AUGGAAUCGGCAACAAUGUCGUCUCUAUCAAAAGGAUCAUUCACGUCAAGUAGUCUGGGAGACUCCUCAGAAAUUGACGUCACUUUAACUCUCAGCGAUACGCUUAAGGCCUUCAAGACGUCCCAGUUCGAUCCUGAAGCCUACGUUACCUCCAAAUGUCGAAACAUGAACGAGAAGGAGAUAAGGCACUUGUGCUCUUACCUGGUCGAGCUGAAGAAGGCGUCUGCUGAGGAAAUGCGUAAAAGUGUGUAUGCUAAUUAUUCCGCCUUCAUUCGAACAUCAAAGGAAAUUUCGGAGCUCGAAGGACAGCUUCUUUCCAUGAGAAAUCUCCUAUCAAGUCAGGCGGCUUUCGUUCAUAGUUUAGCUGAAGGAGUUCGUCUUGAUUCGCUAUCAAAUGACCAUGAAGAUUCAGCUUCAGAGGACUCGUAUUCUGACGACAACAGAGAACUCUCCAAGACAGAGAAUUGGUUGGUAGAGUUUCUCAACACCCUUGAAGUCCUUUUGGCAGAGAAAAGAGUAGAAGAGGCUUUAACCGCAUUGGAUGAAGGUGAAAAGAUGGUGGAAGAGGCCAAUCGGAGGCAAAAUUUAAACCCAUCAGCAUUAGAAUCACUACAAGUUGCUAUAGCUGAGCAGAGGCAGAAACUGGCAGACCAACUUGCUGAAACGAUGUCACAAUCUUCGACUCACGGAAUUGAGCUCCGUUCGGCGGUUUUAGCCCUAAAAAAGCUUGGUGAUGGCACGCGAGCACAUACAUUGCUGCUCAAAUCUCACCAGCAGAAGGUGGAGACCAACAUGCGAAGCCUUCGCUCUCCAACCACUUUGUGUGGAGGAGCUCAUACCACCGCGCUUUCGAAGCUUGUCUUCUCAACCAUUGCACAAGCAGCCAGUGAUUCUCUAGGUUCUUUCGGAGAAGAGCCUGCGUAUUCAUCUGAGCUCGUGACUUGGGCCGUGAAACAGACUGAAGCUCUUGCUCUUCACCUCAAGAGGCACGUCUUGGUCUCCUCAGCAGCUUCGGGUGGUCUGAGAGUGGCUGCUGAGUGUGUGCAUAUUUGUUUAGGCCAUUGUUGCUUGUUAGAAGCUCGCGGGUUGUCACUUUGUUCGGUCUUGUUGAGGGUCUUUAGGCCGUUGAUUGAGCAGGCGUUGAGCGCCAACUUGAAAAGGAUUGAGCAAUGUAGUGCUGCACUGGCUGCUGCAGAUGAUUGGUCGCUUGUUCAUCCUGUAGGUACUCGCCCUCUUGGUUCCACUUCUUCUCUUGGAAGUUUGAAUGCUUCUCAGCCAAAGCUUUCAAGCAGUGCUCACAAAUUCAAUUCAAUGGUUCAGGACUUUCUUGAUGAUGUGGGGCCACUUGAGAGCCUUCAAUUGGAAAGUAUAGCACUAGAGGGUGUUGUACAAGUGUUCAACUCAUAUGUCAACUUGCUGAUAAAUGCAUUGCCCGGUUCAACGGAGAACGAGGAGAAUUUGGAAGGUUUUGGGAACAAAAUUGUGAGGAUAGCAGAAACUGAAGCCCAACAAAUAGCUUUACUAGCCAAUGCAUCAUUGUUAGCAGAUGAGAUACUCCCUCGUGCAGCUCUAAAGCUUUUGCCCCCGCAGCAGACUAACAACAGAAUGCAGGAGACUCCCAAAAGGUCUCCUGCAGAGAGGCAAAGCCGUGUCCCGGAGCAAAGGGAAUGGAAGAGGCGUCUUCAGCGCUCUGUUGACCGCCUCCGUGACAGCUUCUGCCGGCAGCACGCCCUCGAUCUCAUCUUCACAGAAGAUGGGGAUACUUGUCUCAGCGCGCAAAUGUACACCAAAUUGGAUUUACAUGCAGAUGAGCCUGAGUGGUUUCCUUCUCCAAUUUUUCAGGCACUUUUCAUUAAAUUAACGCGGAUUGCAAGCAUUGCGACAGAUGUGUUUGUGGGGAGGGAAAGAUUUGCAACUAUUCUGUUAGUAAGACUCUUAGAGACUGUGAUCCUGUGGCUGUCUAAUGAUCAAAACUUUUGGGAAGAAAUAGAGGCAGGACAACAGCCUUUAGGUCCCCUUGGUCUUCAACAGUUCUAUUUGGAUAUGGAGUUUGUGUUGCUGUUUUCGUCCCAAGGUCGUUACCUUUCUAGGAGCCUACAUCAAGUUAUAAGAGACAUUAUUGAUAGAGCUGUUGAGGCAGUUGAGGCUUCUGGAAUAGACCCUUACAGGAAUUUGCCAGAGGGUGAUUGGUUUGCCGAAGUGGCCCAAAUAGCAAUAAAGAUGUCAACUGGGAAAGCGAAUUUUGGAGAUGUAUAA